GCUUGUCCCAGUUCUCCACAAAUUUAUCCCUGGGAUAAAUAUCUUGAUCAAAUCUGCAAUGAAUAGGUUGUGGGGGGUAGACUAGAACUUUGAGGGUUAAGCUGUGUACUUCCAUUAUAUUUUUCUCUGAUUGCGCCCCUGAAUUCUCUCCGACUCUUUCUGCUCAAGCUGUGCUUCUCUUUUCUUUUCUCUCCCUACCCAUACAUACGAAUACACAUUUGUACAAUAAACAUCAAUACGUAUAGAUGAUAAUACCCGCGUGAAUUAUCUGUGCCCGGGAGCAUUCAUAGCAAUUUUUCAAGUUUCUUGAUUGCAAAUUCCUCAAUUAUGGACGAUAGGUUUAUUGGCAAGAGUGUGUAGAAAAGGGGAGUUGGGCAAUCAGGUUUGCGAGCAGCUUUUGACUUUGUGCACUCCAAGCGGUUAUGGUUGGAGAGAUUUCGAUUAUAGUUUGGGUUCCUUAUUGCAUUGCACAAAUCUUGAAAGUUGAGCAGUGUAAAUGAAUGGUAUUGCUUGAUAUCUGCAGAGAAAGUGUGUUUUUUUUUUUUGAUUGGAAACUAGGUUUGCUUGAGGUUAAUAAAGGGUAUCGAGUGAUAGGUAAUGUGUGAGGAUUUUGCUGAUUUUGAAUUGGGAUUUUGGUUUUGGCAGCAAGGGUUUGUCUGUUUCAUUGCUUGUUAAAGAAAUUUGGUCUGUUGAGGUAAACUCCCUUGGUUGUCAGCCAGUGUUUGGCCCACUUUGGGUACUGGGAAUUAAGUUAAGGCAAGGGAUUUUCAGAGACUUUUAGGUUUUGUUUGUGCCUCAUUGGUGUUCAAGCAUAGGAGUAUCUGCUUGUGGAUCAUUUAAUAGUCCUGGUUUUUGGUUGUGUUGGUCUGCAUUUAGUGUUUUGGUUGAAGACCCUGGUUCUAGAGUAGUUUGUGGGAAAAGCUGAUAUCUAUGAGUCGAAGGGUGCGAAGGAAACUGGCAAGCAGGGGACAGGAGAAGGCAGAUAGAUUGGGGGUUGGUGAAAAUUUAAUUUUAGAUGAGAGAGGUGUGGUUGAUUGGACUAGGUUGCCUGAUGAUACUGUGAUUCAGCUGUUUUCCUGUCUGAAUUAUCGUGAUCGGGCAAGCUUGUCAUCAACAUGCCGGACCUGGAGAUCUUUGGGAAAAUCUCAGUGUUUAUGGCAGGCAUUGGAUCUUCGUGCUCACAAUUUUGAUUGUGAUGCUGCAGCUUCUCUUGCAUCUAGGUGUGGCAAUCUUCAAAAGCUUCGGUUUCGCAGUGCUGAAUCUGCAGAAGCUAUUAUACACCUUCAGUCUAAGGAUCUGCGUGAAAUUAGUGGUGAUUAUUGCCAAAAGAUUACAGAUGCUACCCUUGCUGUGAUUGCAGCUAGACAUGAAGCACUUGAAAGUUUACAACUUGGCCCAGAUUUCUGUGAAAGGAUUAGCAGCAAUGCUAUAAAAGCACUUGCAGUUUGCUGUCCUAGGUUGCGUAAACUUCGGCUUUCUGGUAUUCGAGAAGUUGAUGGAGAUGCAAUCAAUGCAUUGGCUAAGCAUUGCCAAAACUUGAUGGACGUAGGAUUUAUUGACUGUCUAAAUGUAGAUGAGGUUGCACUAGGAAAUGUUGCAUCAGUUCGCUUCCUCUCCAUUGCAGGGACAACUAAUAUAGAGUGGAAUUUGGCUUUAGAGCAUUGGGGUAAACUGCCUAACUUGAUGGGUUUAGAUGUUUCCAGAACAGAUGUAAUACCUAGUGCCGUUUCAAGGUUGUUUUCAUCCUCACAAAGCUUAAAGAUUGCAUGUGCAUUACAUUGCCCUGCACUUGAGCAAGAUGCCACCUUUGUUUCCAAUAAUAAUCACAAAGGGAAACUGCUGUUUGCCAUUUUCACAGACAUUUUUAAAGAACUAACUCCCCUAUUUGUCGAUACUCCAAAUAAAGAGAGGAAUUCUUUUCUGGAAUGGAGAAGUUUAAGGACCAAGGAAAGAAAUCUGGAAGAUAUCAUGAACUGGCUGGAAUGGGUCCUAUCCCAUUCACUUUUACGUAUUGCUGAGAGCAACCCCCAAGGUCUGGAUAAUUUCUGGCUCAAUCAUGGUGCAUAUCUAUUGCUAAGCUUGAUGCAGAGCACACAAGAAGAAGUUCAAGAAAGAGCAGCUACAGGCCUUGCAACAUUUGUUGUAAUUGACGAUGAAAAUGCUAGUAUUGAUGGUGGAAGGGCUGAAGCAGUUAUGCGAGAUGGUGGCAUACGACUUCUGCUAAACCUUGCAAGAUCCUGGCGCGAAGGGCUUCAAUGUGAAGCUGCAAAGGCUAUAGCAAACUUAUCUGUCAAUGCCAAUGUUGCAAAAGCUGUAGCAGAGGAAGGAGGCAUAAGUAUCCUAGCAAAUUUGGCAAGGUCUAGGAACAGACUAGUGGCUGAAGAGGCAGCUGGAGGACUGUGGAAUCUCUCAGUUGGUGAAGAGCAUAAGGCUUCAAUUGCUGAAGUUGGUGGCAUAAAAGCUUUAGUUGAUCUUAUCUUCAAAUGGUCUGUUAAUGACAGUGAGGGGGUUCUGGAACGAGCUGCUGGUGCACUGGCAAACCUCGCAGUGGAUGACAAAUGUAGCAUGGAAGUUGCUACAGUAGGUGGUGUACAUGCACUGAUUACCCUUGCUCAAAACUGCAAGGCUGAAGGAGUGCAAGAGCAGGCAGCUCGGGCAUUGGCCAAUCUCGCUGCCCAUGGAGAUAGCAACAGUAACAAUGCUACUGUUGGACAAGAGGCAGGAGCUUUUGAGACACUCGUACAACUUACGCGUUCUCCUCAUGAUGGUGUGAGGCAAGAAGCUGCUGGAGCAUUAUGGAAUCUUUCAUUUGAUGACAGAAAUCGAGAAGCAAUAACAGCUGCUGGUGGUGUUGAAGCUUUGGUUGCUCUUGCACAAUCUUGUUCGAAUGCCUCUCCUAGCCUUCAGGAGAGGGCUGCUGGUGCUCUAUGGGGUUUGUCCGUCUCAGAAGCAAACAGCAUUGCGAUUGGACGAGAAGGAGGUGUGGCACCACUUAUAGCGUUGGCAAGAUCUGAUGCUGAGGAUGUCCAUGAGACUGCUGCUGGAGCUCUUUGGAAUCUUGCUUUCAACCCCGGUAAUGCUCUCAGGAUAGUAGAGGAAGGGGGAGUUCCCGCCUUAGUUCAUCUAUGUUCUUCAUCACUAUCAAAAAUGGCACGCUUCAUGGCCGCAUUGGCACUGGCUUACAUGUUUGAUGGAAGAAUGGAUGAAGUUGCAGUUGUUGGGACUUCAACGGAGGGUACUUCAAAGACUCUGAACUUAGAUGGGGCUAGAAGAAUGGCUUUGAAGCAUAUUGAAGCAUUUGUACGUGCAUUUUCUGAUCCACAAGCGUUCUCUUCUGCAGCUGCAUCAUCUACCCAUGCAGCAUUGUUGCAAGUAACUGAAUUAGCUCGGAUUCAUGAAGCAGGUCAUCUUAGAUGCAGUGGCGCUGAGAUUGGAAGAUUUGUUACUAUGCUCCGGAAUCCUUCUUCUACGCUCAAGGCAUGCGCUACAUUUGCUCUUCUUCAGUUCACAAUCCUAGGUGGCCGGCAUGCAGCGCACCAUGUCAGCCUUUUGCGAGACACAGGGGCAUCGCGUGUUCUACGUGCUGUAUCAGCAUCCGCCAAUGCCCCUCUCGAAACCAAAAUCUUUGCGAGGAUUGUGCUUCGUAACCUGGAACACCAUCAGACCGAAUCUUCACUGAAAGACUAGUUCAGAAUAGCGAUAUCACCAAAUCCUAGCCAUGCAGUGCCUCCAUUUCUGGUUAGCGAUCAGAUAUCAGCAUAUUAUGGUUUCUCUUUGUAGAUUUUUACUAAGAAGACCGGAUUUUUGUUGAGGAAACACAGGCUUCUUAAAACCGAUAGUCGUUUCUGUGUUUGGUAAAUAGAUUUCGAGAUGUUUUGGCCCUUGGUUUUCUACCUUUUUCUUUGUAUCUAUUUGAUAUGGAGGUGGCAUUGGCUUACAAGGCUAAUGCCAUGAAAAUUUUUGCCAUUGAUGGAGGUGAGACUGUACAAUAUGCUAUUGGAGUGGGAUUGUAUUUUGCCUUUCUUGGUACUGUACACAUAUUAACAUUACAGAAAAUUCUGUGAUGCCCACAUUCCAGAAUUUUCUAUAAUGAAAACUUCUAUAUUGUUGUAUGACAUAACAUAAUAUGAAAUUAGAAAGUUUCUUAUUUUU